GCGGUGCGCGACCCGGCUGUGGCAGGCGCUGAAAUUCAAAAUUGGACGGCGGUUUGCCGCCGCGGAGGCUCAAAAGGGAGAGGCCGUUUCGGGAGCCAGACGCGGCGAGGGAGUUCGGUGGCGGAGAUGGACCCCUUCACUGAGAAACUUCUAGAGCGAACCCGUGCAAGGAGGGAAAAUUUGCAGAAGAAGAUGGCUGGGCGGCCCACAGCAGGAGUGCGGCCUACAACACAAACAAAAAGGAGCAGAGAACCUUUGUCAGAAGCUGGUAACCAACCGCUUCAGCCUAGCGAAGAAGCUACAGCAAAGGCGAGUACAAAGCCAUCACCAUCCAAAAGACGUUGUUCGGACAAUGUGGAUGUUCCACUUUCUAAUUCAGAGAAUAGGUAUCCAAUUAACUCUUCUUCAAUGGACCAUGCUGCUUCUGAAAUGGCUCCUCCUCAGAUUAUUGCCCCGUCCACUGAGAUUGAAGAGCAGGGUGCGAAAUCUGAGCAAACUCCUGUUGCUUCAGUUAAAACACGCAUGCAAAAGCUGGCUGAACAACGACGCUGCUGGGACAACGAUGUGUCUGAAAGUUCUUGUAUUUCUCCUAUUGAAUCAAACAAAUGCGUCAUUUCCCCACCCAAACAACUUCCCCUUACAACUGAUACCCCAAUAGGUCGAAGAGGCCGUUUAGCUAACCUUGCUGCUACAAUUGGCUCCUGGGAAAAUGACCUAAGUCAUCCAUCUGCAAGGCAAAACAAUACACAAGAACAGCCUGGUACGACUUGUUUAUCCAAAUUGUCCACUACUAGUGGAGCAUCUGCUAGAAUCAAUAGCGACAGUGUGAAGCAGGAUGCUGCAUCCUGUUUGCAAAGGGCUGUUGAGCCAUCUGUGAAUAAGUCGGCAAACUCUGAGAUAUUGGGAACUAAUAAUUCCAUAGCAAAAUCAUCAGGAACAACUAGCAACCACUCUAAGGAGACUGAGGUACCAAAACGACUGCUGCAGGAAAAGGCCAACCUUAAACCACCAUUGAAAUCUGCAUUAUCUCAGCCACUUUCUGCCAAAGAGGAGCGACUCAAGGAAACACAUGUACAAUUUGAUUCUAAGGAUAAACCAGCCACACCAGGAGGAUCAGGGAUUAAGCAUUUUCUGGAACGUUUUGGAGAGCAUUGCCAGGAGCGUAGUACACAAAGUCCUGUUAUCACUGGAGGACACAGGACUCCCAUUAUCACUCCAAAUACAAAGACAAUCCAAGAAAGACUCUUCAGACAGAAUGAAGUAUCCUCUACUGCUAGUUUAGCACAGCAGCUCAAACAGGAACGUGAAAAAGAACUUGCAUGCAUCAGAGGCCGCUUUGACAGGGGCAACUUGUGGAGCGCUGAAAGAAAAGAGAACUCCAAGAAAAAACGCCUAGAAACAAAAUCGGAGAGUUUGGUUCAGGUUAACUCAAAGCACCUUCCCAAUUCUGAUGACAACUCACAGGUAGCCGAAGAAAAGACUGUAGAGAUAGCCGUAGAAGGCAUAACUUCUGGCGCUUCAGAACAUGAAAAGCCAGAAGAGCUCAGUCCGUUGAAAAUCGUUUCACCACAGACCCCUGUAAAAACACUUUCCAAUUCAAACCUUGAGCAACUUCCUGAGGAACAGAAAGACAAAGAGCCCGAGACUGAAGCGAAUGACGAAAUGAAUAGUUCACAGGUGAUAAGUGACAUCUUUGAUGAAGUCCUUCAAGAGGAUGGGCCUGACAUAGAGAAACUUAAAAAAGAGAUGAGUAUGACCUUGGAAGCUGAUUGUGAGGAUGAACAGGAGCCGCUGAAUAUUUCCUCGAUGUCCCUCCUAACACCUUUAACAGAGUCUGUUGCUGUUGCAAGUCCAGAGGUUUUUGCAUCCCCAUGUAAAUUGGUUGAUGAGGGGAGCAAUGCAAGUGAUGAUAGUCCAAAGUCCAACAAGUUUCAAAGAACAUCUGUCUGCAGAACUGAAUCUGGAAGCAGCAUUGGGUCCUUGUCAGAGGAGCGUAAUCUGUAUAGUAUCGAUGCCUAUCGAUCACAGCGAUUUAAAGAAAUAGAUCGUCCUUCAAUAAAGCAAGUGAUCGUUCGUAAAGAAGAUGUUUCUUCCAGGCUUGAGGAGAAAAGGAAUGGAACGUCUGAUCAAAUUAACAUCAAACGCAAAUUACAGGAGCUGAAUAAUGAAAUCAAUCUGCAACAAACAGUAAUACAUCAAGCCAGCCAAGCUCUAAACUGUUGUAUUGAUGAGGAACAUGGGAAGGGUUCACAAGAAGAAGCAGAAGCUGAGAGACUACUUCUCAUUGCAACUGAAAAAAGAACAGCAUUAUUGGAAGAGCUAAACAAACUAAAAAAUGAAGGAUCUCAAAGCAAGAAGAUUAAAGCUGAUUCAAUGCCUAGUGGGGUUUCUCCAUCCAGGGGCUCUGUUACUCUGUCAGAAAUGCGCCUACCUCUAAAAGCAGACUUUGUAUGCAGCACUGUCCAGAAAUCAGAAACAGCAAACUACUACUACGUAAUAAUGUUAAAAGCAGGAGCAGAAAACAUGGUUGCUACACCAUUAGCAAGUACUGCAAGUUCCCUGAAUGGUGGAGAUGCUCUUACUUUCACUACUACUUUUACACUGCAAGAUGUGGCCAGUGACUUUGAGAUAAACGUUGAAGUUUAUAGCUUGGUACAGAAGAAAGAAUCCACAGGUGUUGAUAAAAGGAAAAAAUCAGCUAAGUCAAAGGCUAUUACUCCAAAGAGAUUACUGACAUCUAUUACUGCCAAGAGCAACCUCCUUACGCCAGUCAUGGCAAGUCCAUGUGGACCCAAUGCUGUGCGCACAAGUAACUUUGUUCUUGUUGGUUCACACACAAUUUCCCUAUCUUCAGUUGGGAGUACCAGAUUCUUGCUGGACAAGGUUCCUUUUUUGUCUCCCCUGGAAGGUCAUAUUUAUCUGAAAAUUAAAUGUCAAAUAGAUUCUUGUGUGGAAGAGAGAGGUUUUUUGACUAUGUUCGAAGAUGUUAGUGGCUUUGGGGCCUGGCAUCGGCGCUGGUGCACUCUUUCUGGAAACUGCAUCUCCUACUGGACUUACCCGGAUGACGAAAAACGAAAGCAUCCUAUGGGUUCAAUAAACCUGGCGAACUGCACUAAUCGUCAGAUCGAACCAGCUAACAGAGAGUUCUGUGCUCGGCCGAACACUUUUGAGCUCAUUACGGUUAGGCCUCAGAGAGAGGAUGACAAGGAAACACUAGUCAGUCAAUGCAAAGACACGCUCUGUGUUACCAAGAACUGGUUAUCGGCUGAUACUAAAGAAGAGCGUAAUCUGUGGAUGCAAAAACUCAACCAAGUUCUUAUUGACCUUCGCAUGUGGCAGCCCGAUGCUUGCUAUGUGCCUAUUGGGAAACCUUGAGCUGCAGGGAAGAUUUCUCACGGGAGCUUGCUUCAAGCCACAUGCUGUGCUCUUAAUGUAGACUUUUUUAUGAGGUCCCUUGGGAUUACUCAUUACACUUCAUGCUUUAAAAUCUGGAAGGAGAGGUGGUGUUAUAUUAGGCUCCUUGCUGCACUCAGAGUUCUAACUUCUAGGAUUGGAGUAUGGUAGUAGCUGUGUUUUUAAGCUCUAUUUGGCUGUGCUAAAUACUUUUUAUAUAUAAUAUUUCUUGAAAUAUGUAGUGCAGUACACAAUUAAAGUACCAGUUUAUUUUAAUUGGUCAGAGCUCAGUUUAUUUCAAGAACUGAAAAAAAAUCAGCACAGGAGGGAAAAAAACGUAGAGCUUUAUCAGUGUGCAUGUUUCUCCUAAGAAGGAUGCCUCAAAAGUUGUUUAGCUUUAGUGGGAAGCUGAAGCAGGAACUUCAAUGAUUUAUUUAUAAAGGUGUUUUUCACCUAAUUAGGAAGUUAAAAAGUAAAACACCCCAUUGUGUUUAAUGUUCCGAAUACUUGGCACUUGCAAAAAGUGUCUGUCUCAAGAACACCAUAGAAUAGUCAUAGAACCCAAUAGAAAUAAUGAGGUUAAAAAGAAAAAAAUGGUGUAUGGUUUACAGCUACGAUCAAUUAUGAAGUACAUUGCACAAUUUCUUAGAAAACAUGUAUGUAGUUUUCUUGAAGCUGCUUUAAAAAACAAACCUUUAUUUACUCUUAUAUAUCUAGCCAUUUUCAUGCAUUUCCUAGUUUGAAUGAAUUAAAAACUUUCACUGAUCUGAGCACUAGGAGAGUAAGAUGAAUUUCAUUUAGCUGCUGCAGAGUUGCAAUAUGCAAAGUAAUAUUUCUGAGAAACCAACUUCAGCUGAUAAGCACAAUGUUAAGGCUGCUCACUUAAACAGCAAAUGCGCAGGGGGUCACAAAUGCUUUCCACUGGGUGUCACAAUGCUAUAUUACUGCUGCAUGCAUUUUUAGAUAGCAGCAAUGGGGUACUUCCUCUAAAUUGCUAUGGCUUUAAGUUGAACACUAACAUUUCCCCCUCCCUACAGCAUAUUUUGUAUUAUCACUUUAAAUACCUACUUUUUCUGAUGUUUUUGAACUCUCCCCCAUAAAAAACCCUUAAAUGUAUCAAAAGGGAGUGCCUGCCAAUGAGGGUCUUACAAUGCUGAAAAAAAUGUGGGUUUGGUUCCAGAGCACGGAACUGAAAAUCUAGACUAAUAAACCUUUCCCAAAAUGAUGCCCAAUAUGAUUCUAUUCUGGCUGCAGUGUUGCACUCAGAUGGGUUUUGUGAAUGCACUUCAUAGGAACCCAGUGCUGAUUUAUGCUGGUGAAACUUGUAGAACAAGUUAGUAAGCAAUUUGUUAUGUAAGGAAGAACAGUUAAAGAUUUGUGAGAGUACACGAAAAAGUAGAGUAAGUAGAAUGUGUUGCAAAUAAACUGUGUGAAAGAAGAAACGGAAUGAAAUAGCUACAAGAGUAAAAUAAAAUAUAUAUCAGCAAGGAAGUGGUGUUUGCUAACUGAGAUCUGCUUAGUUUACAGUAUCAGAUGAGAUUGUGUAUGUUUAGCACAGCAUGGUCACAGGUAUAUGUGACACAUUUGCAGCAAGCCUCACCUCAUUAAAUAUACUGACCAGACCUUGGGAAGAAGAGGGGGCCAAAUAUUCUGGAGAUGACAGUUGGGUCCUCCCCAAGAAUGUUGCAGCCUUGGAAAAGCAGCAAGACUCUAGUCGAGAACAUUAUUGGAAAACAGGAUGAUGAAGUGGCAAAUCACUUCCUGGUCAAUUCAGAAGAAAGCAAAUUAAUUCAGCAAACAAUUUCAGCUAUAAUAAAUAGCACUGCAUUCAUUUUUUAAAAAACAAAAACCAGCCAGCUGCAUGUGAGGCAACUAGCAUUUGAUUAAGACCUUUAACACGACAAUAAUGGAACUCGCAUCCUACUGAUUUAACUUUAUAUAUGUAUACAAGCUCAGACAGAUGCUGAUGAGUCUUAGAAGCAAUUCAAAGGGGAAAGUGACAACAUGUUUGAAUUAAUUCCAAUUUGAAUAUGCAUAAAAUCCUGAGUAUGAUGGAUUUACUUUUUAAAAAUUGACUGUUAUUUCAGUAAGGAAUUGAUUAGGAAAUUUAUCCACAAGUCUUUCAUAAAUAAUCCCUAUUCCAAAUCUUCAUGAAAUAGCACUAAACUGUAAAACCUUUGCAGGCAUGUGCUGUGCCAUAUAAUAUACGUGAUAAUCUUUAUCCCCAUGAAUUUUAAGGAUAUUUUGUUAGUUAUGCAUUUAUACUUUAUUUCUAAAAUAAAGCUAACUGCUCUUGA